GAUUGCCAGCCUCUUCACUGUGCAGCGCUUGUCUGUCGAUCGUCAUGACAUUUACGCGUCAGAUCACCACAACUGAAGCACAUAUGCACCCCCAGAAUGUGAUCCACGUCUCGGAGACUUAAAUGCAUCUGUCCUCUUCAGUCUAAGAGUGCACACGCUUGAAGUCUCUGUAGGGAAUUCCCAUCUGCUGCCUUUUACGCACGAGAAUCCGUGCGCAAUGAAGCUCUGCCUGGCGCGCACCUCUCCGCGUACCUGAGAGCACGCGCAAGAUUUUACGCAUGAAAAUCGCAUCUCGUUUCCAAACCCAACCAUGGGCAACGCGUCGAACCAAACCACGGCGAACAACGACACCGACCCGUUCGGCAGGAACGAAGAAGUGGCCAAAAUGGAGAUCACGGUUUUAAGCGUCACCUUCCUCGUUGCGGUGAUGGGAAAUCUGUGCGUGCUGCUGGCCAUGCACAACACAAAGAAGAAGAGCUCACGGAUGCACUUGUUCAUCAAGCACCUGAGCCUCGCGGACCUGGUGGUGGCUUUCUUCCAGGUUCUUCCACAGCUCUGCUGGGAGAUCACCUUCAGGUUUUACGGACCUGACUUUCUUUGCCGGAUUGUCAAGCAUCUCCAAGUCCUAGGCAUGUUCGCGUCCACCUAUAUGAUGGUGAUGAUGACACUGGACCGCUACAUCGCCAUAUGCCACCCUCUGAAGACUCUCCAGCAGCCCACGAAGCGCGCCUACAUCAUGAUCGGGUGCACUUGGCUCUGCAGCCUGUUGCUCAGCACCCCUCAAUACUUUAUCUUCUCUCUGAGUGAGAUCCAGAACGGCUCGGAUGUGUAUGACUGCUGGGGUCACUUCGUCGAGCCGUGGGGCAUCCGAGCCUACAUCACCUGGAUCACCGUGGGCAUCUUCCUCCUCCCAGUCAUCAUCCUCAUGAUCUGCUACGGGUUUAUAUGCCACAGUAUCUGGAAGAACUUCAAGUCCAAGACCAAGAGGGGCACUCUGCACAGCACUAAGGACAGGAUGAUUGGAAAGGGCUCUGUCAGCAGUGUCACCAUCAUCUCAAGAGCCAAACUAAGAACAGUGAAGAUGACAUUCGUGAUUGUUUUGGCGUAUAUUGUGUGCUGGGCUCCGUUCUUCAUCGUGCAAAUGUGGUCCGUCUGGGAUGAAAACUUCUCCUGGGAUGAUUCUGAAAAUGCAGCGGUGACCCUCUCUGCCCUGCUGGCGAGUCUUAACAGCUGCUGUAACCCAUGGAUCUACAUGCUCUUCAGCGGACACCUCCUCUAUGACUUCUUAGCCUGUUUCCCCUGCUGGAACAAACCCCAAAACACGUUACACAAAGUGGACUCGGACAGCAGCAUCCGGAGGAACACCCUCCUGUCCAAGCUGGCUACUGUCCGGACCAAAGAUGGGUUCGACUCUUGGAAAGACCCAUGCAACUCCCGAAAGUCCAGUCAAUCUUUAGGGCUAGACUAUUCCCGUAAAUCCAGUCAGUGUUUGCAACUUGACUGUUAGCGCAAAUCAAGCCAGAGCAUUCCAGUGGAAUCCUAGGAGCCAGAUGGGGAUAAAUAAAGAAGCAUGAAAAUAAAUGUAUAAACAAAAAAUGAUUUCUAAUGAUACGGUUUUAAGAGAUAAGUUGUGUAGUGAGAGUCUGCUCAUUUUCUGCUUAUGUAGGUUGCCUACUCAAAAAAUCUGAAAUAUUCAUGGUGAAUGAGAUUUUGAUUGUCUCGUGAUCUACAGUGAAAUAUAUAUAUUUUUUUUUUAAUUUUGUUCAUUCUUAUAAAUGACGCAUUUAUUUUACAGAUCAUUAUGUUGCAUUGCACUUUCUAUUUACCACUAAAGUCUGUGACUUCAUUUUUGUGUUUUAGUAUUGGUGAGAACUUCAGCUUCAUUUCUUGAGCUGACAUGCGUCUUAUUUGUUUACACCGAUAACAUGAAGCUCUUUUUGACUAGCUGGGAGUAAAAGAGUCUAUUGUGUCAGUGUUAUGACUGACUAAACAAAUGUUAUUUUAGCACUGGUAUAUAACUUGUGCUUUGUCUUGUAUUGGUCGUGCCAAACUUUAACUGAGCAAAAUGACUGUUUAUGCAAAUAUAAAAAUGUACGUGUAUGAAAACUGGCAUUUUGUUGUUUCCAAUAAUUUUUUUAUAAAUAUAUAAAAAUAUCUCAACAAAUAAAACACAGCAGUUAGAAACAA